CAUGCCUGCCUCGCAACCGCACGCACCGCCAGCCAUGACGCACAACCUCGCCGACAACACGGGCUCGCCGCGCCGCCAGGACAUCGAGAUUGCCUCGCCCGCCAACGACGCGCUGCUUGCCGCCUGGUACUACCCGGCGCCGUCGGGCAAGCGCGGGCCCGUCGUCGUCUGCGGCCACGGCCUCGGCGGCACGCGCGAGCAGGGCCUCGACGACUACUGCGCUGUGUUCCAGGAGGCCGGCUACGCGGCGAUUGCCUUUGACUACGCCGGCUUUGGCGCCUCCAAGGGCAAUGCGCCGCGCCAGGUGCUCGACUGGUGGAAGCAGCAGCGUGAUUGGGACGCCGUGCUCAGCUACGUGAAGCAGCACGAGCUCGUCGACCCGGCGCGCAUCGCCAUCUUUGGCACCUCGUUCGGCGGCGGCCAUGUCAUUGAGGUGGCGGCGCGCCACAAGGAGGUCGCAGCUGUGAUUUCGCAGUGCCCCUUCACCGACGGCAUCCGCUCGGCCCUUUGCGUGACGCCGCUGGCAUCAGUGCAGCUGCUUGGCCGCGCGCUCCGCGACUACUUCUUCUGGUCCGAGCGCGAGCAUCUCUCCGUGCCGUGCGCCGGCAAGCCGGGCGAGGUGGCGCUGAUGAACUCGCACGACGCCUGGGACGGCUACCUGGCGCUCGUGCCCGAAGAGAAGCGCGAGGCGUUUGAGACGGUCAAUGGCCUAGUUGCUGCGCGCCUCGUGCUGCAGAUGCCUUUUCUGCGGCCGGGCGCCAAGACCUCGCAGGUCAAGGCGCCCAUCUACUUUGCCAUCUGCGGCAGCGACAGCGUGUGUCCGCCAAAUGCGACGCGGGCGUAUGCCAAGAAGGCGCCGCGUGCCGAGAUCACCGACUACGAAGACAUGUCGCACUUUUCCAUCUACAAGGGCGAGCACUUCAAGCGCGCGACGGCAGACUACCUGCGUUUCCUCAAGAAGCACCUCGUCACUCAGGCCUCUCUCUGAUUCUGGAACGUGUCUCGUUAAUGCAUGAAUAGGAG